CUUGGAUGAUGAUGAAUGGAUGGCUCACUUAUCAUAGUAGUGCCUCCUUUACCAUUUGACCAUAUUUAUCCAUCUCAAUCACUUCCCACUUUUUAUGAAGCAUUGGCUACACCUUCCUUUAUUCUCUCCUCUCAAACCUUUCACUUCAAGCUUCAAGUUUUCAAGCUACCCACCCACUGCUCAUACUCACACCCAAUGAAGAUCCAGUGCGACGUGUGCAACAAACACGAGGCCUCCGUCUUCUGCACAGCCGACGAAGCCGCCCUCUGCGACGGCUGCGACCACCGUGUCCACCAUGCCAACAAACUCGCCUCCAAACACCAACGCUUCUCUCUUCUCCGCCCUUCUCAUAAACAACACCCUCUCUGCGAUAUUUGCCAGGAGAGAAGAGCCUUCACGUUCUGUCAGCAAGACAGAGCGAUUCUCUGCAAAGAGUGUGACGUGUCAAUUCACUCUGCCAACGAACACACCCUUAAGCACGAUAGGUUCCUUCUCACUGGUGUUAAACUCGCAGCUUCUGCCAUGCUUCGUUCAUCACAAACUACCUCUGAUUCAAACUCAACCCCUUCUCUUCUUAACGUUUCACAUCAAACUACUCCACUUCCAUCUUCCACCACCACCACCACCACCAACAACAACAACAACAAGGUUGCUGUUGAAGGAACUGGUUCAACGAGUGCUAGCAGCAUAUCAGAGUAUUUGAUAGAGACUCUUCCUGGGUGGCAAGUUGAGGACUUUCUCGAUUCAUAUUUUGUUCCCUUUGGUUUCUGUAAGAAUGAUGAAGUGUUGCCACGGUUGGAUGCUGACGUGGAGGGGCAUAUGGGUUCGUUUUCAACCGAGAACAUGGGGAUCUGGGUUCCUCAAGCGCCACCACCUCUUGUGUGUUCUUCACAAAUGGAUCGGGUGAUAGUUCAAAGUGAGACCAACAUCAAAGGUAGCAGCAUAUCGAGGUUGAAGGAUGAUACUUUCACUGUUCCACAGAUUAGUCCUCCCUCCAAUUCCAAGAGAGCCAGAUUUCUAUGGUAGAAACAAUCCUCUUUGUUUUGUUUUGUUUUGUGCCUUCUCUCUUUUUGUUACCCUGGUUUGUAGCUUACUCUUGCCCUUGUUUUCGAUUUGGUUCUGUUUGACUUUUUUUCUUCUUCUUUUUCUUGGUUCUCCUCCCUCUUUCCCUACCGGGCUGUGCUUUGAAGUAUUGAUAAAUUUGUGCACCUACUAGUGAUUGUAAAUAUAAACCUUUUCAAAUACAUGUUUUUUUUGACACA